AUGACACUGACCUGUAAGACCAAACUCACUCCAAAGGAAUCAAGUGUCAAGUUCUGCUUCUUCAAAGAUGGUCGACCCCUAUCAGACUGCAAGAACAUCCCAGAGUUCCAGAUUAAUGUCAUGAGAAAAGAAGACACAGGAUACUACUCAUGUCAAGCAAGGACAAAGGAAAUCAGUACCAUCGAUACCAAGAGCACAGGAAUAGUGAUCAAUGUACAGAGAAUCCCUGUCAGUGACGUGAACUUGAAGACUCGCCCUCAAAGCGGACAAGUGGCAAAGGGAGAUAAGCUGAUUCUUAUUUGCUCCGUUGCUGUGGGCACUGGAAAUAUCACCUUCUCCUGGUACCAUGGGGAAAUGGGUAUUAAUCUGAAAACAAAGACUCAGAAUUCACUGACAGCAGAGUUUGAGAUUCCGAUGAUGAAGGAGAGCAAUUCUGGCCCAUAUUACUGUACAGCUAACAAUGGCCAUGGAAACAGUCUCAGUGAAUUGGUGAACAUCAUUGUCAGAAUUCCAGUGUCUCGUCCUGUCCUCACAUUUGGGGAUUUCAGGGACCAAGCCACGGUGGGGGACAUGGUGGAAUUUCAUUGUGAGGCCCAGAGAGGCUCUCCCCCAAUCCUGUACCGGUUUUACCAUGAAGAUGUCAGCCUGGGAAGCAGCUUAGCCCCCUCUGGAGGAGGAGUGUUCUUCAAUAUUUCUCUGACUGCAGAACAUUCUGGAAACUACUCCUGUGAAGCUGACAAUGGUUUAGGGGUUCAGCAGCAUAGUGAGGUGGUGAUACUCAAUGUCACAGUGCCCAUGAAGGACAAAGGGGACCCACUUCCUUCAGGAAUCAUUGAGGGGGUGCUUGGCAUCAUUGUUUCCACUACAGUUGCCAUAUUGUUCUGCUGUUGGCUCAAGAGAAAAAUAGGAAGACGUCCAGCUAGGGAUCUGGUCAGGAGCCCAUCUCAUCCCAAUCUUCAAGAUCCCACUUACAUCAACUCACCUGAAUCAGAACAACCAGAGGCUGACUAUGAGAAUGCGAAUGUUGCAAAUGGCAAUGAGGUUUAUUCUUUGGUGUACCAAGUGCAGCAGGAACGGCCAUUAGGAACAGUAGAAUCCUUAAGGACACAUACAGAACAUAAGGAUUCUUCAGCCAUCUACUCUAGACUGAAGAAGAGGGAUAUCAUAGAUAUGGACUAUGAAGAUGCUAUGUAA